UUUCGUUGUUGGGACGGGAACGAGGCAAACUGGAACGGAGUCCGGGUGAAGACGAGGAGCCUGGUCCAAGGAAGAUGGACGAGCGUGAGAGGGCUGAGCAGGAGCUCGAGGCCAUGGAAGAGACGCUUUCAGAGCCAGCGUUGACUAUAGGACAAGCAUUUUCCAUCAGGACAGACCAGGGACCUGACAACAGUGCACCAGUGGUAAAGAUUGAGGUGCCGAGUAAACUUACAAUAGUGCAGACAAAGACUGAAUCCUCAGAGCUGCUAGUCAACACCCAGGAUCCAGUCAACUGUUUAUCCAUCCAGAACUCCCUUAAACCUGACCCGAACCAGGCCCAUGAGUUCCUUAUUCUGGACCAAAAUGGACUUCCCCUGCAUUGUGAACGCAUGGUUAUUCUGACAGGUGAGUCCGAGAGCAGAGAGGUGUAUGUAAUUCCGUCCAAUCAGCUCGGGGCUCAGGUCCUUCUUCCUCGUGGUCCGCUUUUGGACAUGGUUGACUCCGCAGGCUCUGCUGUGGAUAAGGAUAGCCAGGAUGGCAUGCAGACCAUAACGCUAACAGCUGUCCCAGAUACCAGCAGUGGUCUGACCCCUUCACCUCCAGCUACUAACACAUCCUCAGCAAAAGUAUCUCCCAGCAGGUCCCAGGACUGUUUCACUCCCCCUCUGAAGCCCCUCCCAGCCAACGCACCCUCCUGGGCCCACAGGCUACGCAACGGAGAGAAGAUCGGGGACUCGUACCGGGGCUUCUGCGCUACAGAGGCGGAGCUGGAGACCAUCCUCCUGCAUCACAAGCAGCAGACCAGCUGUGUGUUCGGCACGCGCCAGUCGCCCUCGCCCGCCAAGCCCGCCACGCGCCUCAUGUGGAAGUCUCAGUACGUGCCGUACGACGGCAUUCCCUUUGUGAACGCAGGCAGCAGAGCCAUAGUGAUGGAGUGCCAAUAUGGCCCACGAAGGAAAGGCCUCCAGCCAAAGAAGACCAGUGAGCAGGUCAACAUCGAUUACAAAGCCACGUGUCCUGCCAGGAUCUAUAUCAAGAAGGUGCAGAAGUUUCCAGAGUACCGGGUUCCCACCGACCCCAAGGUGGACAAGAAGGUGGUGCGUCAGGAGCAGGAGAAGGCUUUCUCCAGCCUGAGGAAGACGCUACGGGAUGCAGGAGGGGUCCUCAGGUACUACAUGCAGCUGCCCACUCAGAAAGCUCACUUGUACCACGACAUGGAGGCACCCAUCCCUCCCCCGCCCCCAGAUCUCUUCCCAACAAAGGUGGAGGAGGUGAAGGUGGAGGCUGAGGAGGUCAAGGAGGAGGCUGAGGACGAGGGGGAGGAGGAAGAGGGAGGUCUGACGGAGGACGGGGGCUCGGUGCCCUCUCGCCUCCACCCCCGCGUGGCAGAGAAGAUCCGGGAGCUGGUGGCUCACGGCCACCAUCAAGUCUACACCGUCCGCAAGCAGCUCAGGAAGUUUGUGGAGAGGGAGAUGUUUAAAUCUGAGGAGGUGCCAGAGAGACAUAAUCUGUGCUACUUCCCCACUGUCAAUGACAUCAAGAACCACAUCCACGAGGCCCAAAAGACCCUGCAGCUGUCUGGAGCCCUCACAGGCACACAGUGGGGAGGUAUAUGUGGAGACCCCCUGACUGAGACUGUCACCUUGACCCUCACCCCUGCUACUGCCGAAGGCCUCACCAGGGGUGUGCUGGAGGGCAGUGACACUCUGUCUCCAGAGGCUGUGCAGCUCUUCAGCUCUCUUACCUCCUUGCAGCCCAAGAUAUUCGCCCAGCUGCAGGGAAUCCAGCUCCAGCCAGUCCCAGCCCUGUACUCCUAUGAUGGAGCACUGUCCCAGUCACCUCCUAUCACACCCAGCGCCACGCUAACGACCACAGACCCCCUGGAUCUGCCUGGCCCCUCGCCCCCUCAACCCCUGUUGGUCAACCCCUCGCAGUUCCUUCAGGCUGGUCCCUCACGGUGCGAAGGUCUGAUUCUGGCUGACACGUCGGCUGUGCUGGGAAUGGGUCCUGUGGUCAGCAUGGGCGGAGGGUCCAACGAGGGGAGGUCACACCCAAUCCUGCUGGAGGAUAGGCAGAUCAUCCCAGUUCAAAUAGUAGACCCUGCAACCGUGGAUCUGACUAGCUUAGGGCAUCAGGCAGAAGAGCAGAACACGGACAUAACUAUAAACCCAGGAAACUGACUGUUUAUCCUGCUGGAGAUCAUUAGAAUACAUGCUACUAGUCUUCAGUAAUAGACUCUUAUCGGCUUGCACUGUAAUGGGAAGAGAAUCUUGCACUGGAGCCGAAACCUAAAAUCAGUUUAGGAGCCACACUAAGCUAGCCAUGCAGAGCUGGGAUCUGAACUCAACAUUGCCAUCAGCUGCUAGAAUUGUACAGGCCCAAGUGACAAGGCAAAAAAAAAGCAGUUUGGAUAAUGCUAAUGAAUGUGCUGGUAUUAUGGGCCUGCUUCAAACUUACACUAAAUGAACAGAAAGAUAUUAGCUAUGUAUUUUUGAAUGAUGUAAUUUUACAGUGAAAUCCAACUAAUUAUGUAAAUGAUGAACAUCACAUCACUGGAGAUAUGUCAGAUACAUUUUACUAUUAAAAGCAGUGUUUAAAUAGGUUCAUAUUGUUUUCAGGUGUGAACAGCUAUUCACACCAUGAUCAAAAUAAAAGUAUUUAUUAAUUGUCUUAAUAGUAAUUAUUAACUGUCGCUUCAACUUCAAGUAUUUAGCUAAUACGUUAUCCAAAUCAGAGUAAUUGAAAAGGGCACUUUCAAUGUUUUUCAAUGACCCAGAUCCAAACCAGUUAUUCG